CAUAUAAACAAAAUUAUCUCCACAGUAUUCUUUUUAUAAUAAAAACAGUUGUAUAUGUCUUAAGUGUAUGUAUAGAUUACAGUCAGAAACCAGUUUGUGCUUAUUUGGUCUUAAAGAGACAGUAACCUCAAUUAACCUACUUAAGUCUGUGUCAUUAAUGUUAAUCAAACAACCCAAGACAAAGAGAAAAUCACUUCUGUAGCUCUAAAAAUAAUAAUAAAUUUUAUUUAUACAAAGACAGUGUUAUGACUCAUUUAAUUCGAUUUCUGUGCCUAAUGCUAAUGUUAGCCCUUAUUAAUGUGCAACUUUGUUCUUUUUUAUAAAUAUUUGCAAUUUCUUUAUUUGUUAUUAGAUUUCCCCCACCCCCUUUUUGCUGAUCUGAAAAAUCCAAUCCGUGCCUCAAAAACUGUAAUGUGAUCCGAACCGUGAGUUUUGUGAUCAGUCACACACCCCUAGUAAAGUUAGUACACAGUGACAGCCAUAAAUGCAUUUGUACUAAUAAUUGCCAUAAUAAUUUAUUUCGGGGUUUCGGUUUUUUGGCCUUGGCUUCCUCUUUUUCGGUUUCGGCCAAGAAUUUUCAUUUCGGUGCAUCCCUACUAUUUUUAUUGGUGUAUGACCUCAUUCUAAAUUUAGCAUAGUAAUUAAAUAAUUGAGAAGAAUAUUAUUUGUGUGUAAACAAGAUGAUAUGAUAUAAUUUGCCCAGCAUUAACAAGAUUGUAACAUGCUUACCUAUAACUAGCUUCACUUUUUCUUUAUCAAGGCUUGGCCUUUGUUCACCGACAAUCCCCUUUUUUCCAGUUACAGAGCAUGUUGUCAUUUCUUCCAGUGUGAAAAUGGAGUCCAUGACAGUUCUGAUGAACGAAAGUGUUAUGGAUUUGAAACGACAUGAGGAGACCAUUGAGCAUGAAGACCGAUAUAAUUUUGAUCUGAUUGAAAAUGGGAAGGUUUGGAAUCAUCCAGAGCAGUCGCUCAAUGACCACACAAGCAAAGAUAGUGAUGAGGAAGAGGGGAGUUUGUACACUGAACUUGAAUCACAGUCGCUCAGUGACCACACAAGCAAAGAUAGUGAUGAGGAAGAGGGGAGUUUGUACACUGAACUUGAAUCACAGUCGCUCAGUGACCACACAAGCAAAGAUGGUGAUGAGGAAGAGGGGAGUUUGUACACUGAACUUGAAUCACAGUCGCUCAAUGACCACACAAGCAAAGAUAGUGAUGAGGAAGAGGGGAGUUUGUACACUGAACUUGAAUCACAGUCGCUCAAUGACCACACAAGCAAAGAUAGUGAUGAGGAAGAGGGGAGUUUGUACACUGAACUUGAAUCACAGUCGCUCAGUGACCACACAAGCAAAGAUAGUGAUGAGGAAGAGGGGAGUUUGUACACUGAACUUGAAUCAUUUCUUGAUGACCACAUGGACAAUGAAGACACAGAUGCAAACAUGGACUCUGAUCCUGAGCACUCCCACAGCAGCCACACAGGUGUCUAUGAUGACGUGACUUCUGAUUCUGAACACCUGCUCGAUGAUGACAUGAUUAGGUCCUCACUGUACAAAGGAGCAUUGAUUACCCUUGGACAAACUGUCCUUCUUCUGAUGGCCUUUGUUACAACUGUAGGACUGACACAAGAUGGUCUCCAAACCCUUCUCCAAAUGUUAACUCUCAUUUUACCACAAGAUAGCCACCUGCCAGCAACCAAGUAUUUGUUUAAAAAACUUUUCAAAACAGGGAAAUAUGAUUUUAAUUUAUAUUGCCCCAAGUGCUGCUGUGUUUUAGAAAAUAAUGCAUGUACAACAUGCCAUCAGGUCUUUGAAAAAAAUGAACUAAUGAAAAAUGGUAAUUUCUUCUUUACUUUGCCCCUUAUCGACCAACUGAAACAUGUCCUAGAGACCUUAAAUCUUGGAGAGUCGUUAAACUACAGAAAGAACAGGCCAACAAACCCUGACACAAUUUCAGACAUUAUGGAUUGCAAAUUGUAUGAACAAAUGUGCAAAGACUCAAAUUUAAAAAAUGAUUACUCUUUCAGUCUAACUUUUAACUCUGAUGGUGUACCUAUCUUCAAAUCCUCCACUUUUUCUAUCUGGCCCUUGUUAUGUUACAUAAAUGAGCUCCCAUCAAAGAUAAGGAAAAAUAACAUUUUCUUAGCAGGAUUAUGGUUUGGUGCGAGAAAACCAACAGUCUCUACAUUUUUUGGACCAUUUGCCAAUCAAAUGAAAACUCUUGGUUCAGUUGGUUUUGAGUGGUGUUUAAAGGGUGAGAUUAUCAAAUCGUAUGUAUAUGCUAUCAUUUGUUCAUGUGACAGUGUCGCACGGGCUAUGUUACAAAAUGUCAAGCAAUUCAAUGGGAAAUUUGGCUGCAACUGGUGUCUACAUCCAGGGGAAAGAGUUGAGAAAGGUAGAGGAUAUGUUCAAGUGUAUCUUUAUCUGGAAGAUGUGAGAGAACGCUGUCACACAAAUAUGAUUGAAUUGCAAAGAAACGUAGGGGUUGGUGAAACUUUUGGUGUGAAAGGUCCCACAUCUUUGAUGUCAUUGCCUUAUUUUGACAUUGUUUCUGGAUUUGUUGUUGACUCUAUGCACUGCGUUGAUUUAGAAUUGCACAUGUUGUCUACAUGUGGAUACAAAUUGUCCACAUGUGAGCACAUGAUGUCCACAUGUGAGCACAUGAUGUCCACAUGUGAGCACAUGAUGUCCACAUGUGAGCACAUGAUGUCCUCAUGUGAGCACAUGAUGUCCUAA